AGGCUUCCGUCGACAGUGGGCGGAGCGGUCGCCGGCAAAGGGCGGGGCCAUUUCGAGCCCUGGGAAGGCGGGGCUUCUCCUGACAGAGGGCGGAGCUUCCGCAGCCUGGGGCGGGGCUUCUGUUGACAGGGGGGCGGGGCGGCUCCCUACCUCCCGCGGUGCGCCAAUCCCCGGACUAGGGGCCGGGGUCGGACCCCAGUGGAGUAGCAGGGUCUGGGCGUGGAGAGCCCGGCGCCGUACGGGGUGGGGGCGCGCGGAGGACGCGCGCGCGGGAGGGCCCCUCCUUGACCGGCUCUCUCCCCUCCCCCUCCGCCCCCGACGGUCGCUGGGGCGCGCGCCUCUCCUCGCACCCCCACCCUGGGUCCCCACGCUCUGCGGGGCCACCGAGCUGCUGAGGCCCCUUUGCGGGCCCGCCGAGCGGUUCCGGGUUUAGGGUUCACAGGUCAGAGUUGACUCCCUGAAAAGUGCAGCCGGUUUGAAAUGCAAGAUGGCGGCGGCGUGGCGCUGAGAGGCGCGGCGGCCCCUGCAGGUAGUGGCGUGAGCCGGCCCCGCGACCAGCGGGCCUGGAGACUCUGGGCUGCGGGUGGGAACCGGAGCGCAGAGUCCGCGGCUGGCACGGGAAAGGAGAAGACAGACAGCUGCUUUGGACCUGUUGGUGAUGAUGGCCUGAGCUAAACAUCUAACUAGAAGGGAUACCCUUCCAUUUCAAGAACAGAAUGCUAAGGAAGCUGUGGCAAGUGAUUGGAGUUGUGCUUCAAAAAUUUCAGAAAUUCAACAGUAUUUUAUCUGCCAACAAUAAGCUCUUUACUUGAUUGCACCAUGAGAAAGCUGCUAAUGAGACUUGUUGAGCACAAAAAUGGACUUGAAGAACGAAAAGCCAUUGUUUUCAAAUGAAGAACACUGAACAGUUUUAAGCCUCAAUGCUUUUUAAUCACCACUGAGCUUUUCCUCAUAACAUCAGAAUGGCAAGCAGGCGAAAAUCAACAACACCUUGCAUGGUCCUUGCCAGUGAACAAGAUCCAGACCUUGAGUUGAUAUCAGAUUUGGAGGAAGGUCCUCCUGUACUUACACCUGUAGAAAACACCAGAGCAGAGAGUAUCUCAAGUGAUGAAGAAGUUAAUGAAUCUGUGGAUUCAGACAAUCAGCAAAAUAAAAAAGUUGAAGGUGGAUAUGAAUGUAAAUAUUGUACUUUUCAAACUCCAGAUCUAAAUAUGUUUACUUUUCAUGUGGAUUCAGAACAUCCCAACGUAGUGCUAAAUUCAUCCUAUGUUUGUGUCGAAUGCAAUUUUCUUACCAAAAGGUAUGAUGCACUUUCUGAGCAUAAUCUGAAAUAUCACCCAGGAGAAGAGAAUUUUAAGUUGACUAUGGUGAAACGUAAUAACCAGACAAUCUUUGAACAAACAAUAAAUGAUCUGACUUUUGAUGGUAGUUUUGUUAAAGAGGAGAAUUUAGAGCAAGCAGAACCUACAGAAGUUUCUUCUUCAGGAAUAUCUAUCAGUAAAACUCCUAUCAUGAAAAUGAUGAAAAAUAAAGUGGAAAACAAACGGAUUGCAGUUCAUCAUAACUCAGUUGAGGACGUUCCUGAAGAGAAAGAGAAUGAAAUCAAACCAGACCGUGAAGAAAUUGUAGAAAACCCAAGUUCUUCAGCUUCUGAAUCGAAUACAAGUACUUCCAUUGUAAACAGAAUACAUCCAAGUACUGCCAGCACGGUAGUGACACCAGCAGCAGUUCUUCCUGGAUUGGCACAGGUGAUAACUGCUGUAUCUGCUCAGCAGAAUUCUAAUUUGAUUCCCAAAGUCUUAAUCCCUGUUAAUAGCAUUCCCACCUACAAUGCUGCAUUGGAUAACAAUCCCCUUUUACUUAACACCUACAACAAAUUCCCUUAUCCAACAAUGUCAGAAAUUACAGUUCUUUCUGCUCAAGCAAAAUAUACAGAGGAACAGAUCAAGAUAUGGUUUUCAGCCCAACGUUUAAAACACGGUGUUAGUUGGACUCCCGAGGAAGUAGAGGAGGCAAGAAGGAAACAAUUCAAUGGAACAGUGCAUACUGUACCUCAGACCAUAACUGUUAUUCCUACACACAUUUCUACAGGGAGUAAUGGUUUACCAUCUAUUUUACAGACAUGCCAAAUAGUUGGUCAGCCUAGUCUGGUCCUUACUCAAGUGGCUGGAACAAACAGCUUGCCAGUUACAGCACCUAUAGCCUUGACAGUGGCAGGCGUUCCAAGUCAAAAUAAUGUACAGAAAAGUCAGGUACCUGCUGCUCAGCCUACUGCAGAAACAAAGCCAGCAACAGCAGCAGUUCCAGCUUCUCAAAGUGUCAAACAUGAAACUGCAUUGGUAAACCCCGAUUCAUUUGGCAUUCGGGCGAAAAAGACAAAAGAGCAACUGGCAGAAUUAAAAGUUAGCUACCUUAAAAAUCAGUUUCCCCAUGAUUCAGAAAUUAUCAGACUUAUGAAAAUAACAGGCCUGACAAAAGGAGAGAUUAAAAAAUGGUUUAGUGACACAAGGUACAACCAGAGAAAUUCAAAGAGUAAUCAGUGCUUACAUCUCAACAAUGAUUCCUCUACCACCAUUAUUAUAGACUCCAGUGAUGAAACCACGGAAUCCCCAUCUGUUGGUACUGCACAGCCUAAGCAAUCCUGGAAUCCUUUUCCUGACUUUACUCCCCAAAAAUUUAAAGAGAAAACUGCAGAGCAGCUUCGUGUCCUUCAGGCAAGUUUUCUCAACAGCUCUGUACUUACAGAUGAAGAAUUAAAUAGGUUAAGGGCACAAACCAAACUUACCAGAAGAGAAAUCGAUGCUUGGUUUACAGAGAAGAAGAAAUCAAAAGCUUUAAAGGAAGAGAAAAUGGAGAUAGAUGAAAGUAAUGCAGGUAGUUCCAAAGAAGAAGCUGGAGAAACUUCUCCUGGAGAUGAAUCUGGUGCACCUAAGUCAGGGAGUACAGGCAAGAUAUGUAAAAAAACACCUGAGCAGCUGCACAUGCUUAAGAGUGCAUUUGUCCGGACACAGUGGCCAUCACCAGAAGAAUAUGACAAGUUGGCCAAAGAAAGCGGGCUUGCUAGAACAGACAUAGUUAGUUGGUUUGGGGACACCCGUUAUGCUUGGAAGAAUGGAAACUUGAAAUGGUACUACUACUAUCAGAGCGCCAAUUCAAGUAGUAUGAAUGGUCUGUCUUCCCUUAGGAAAAGAGGGAGAGGGAGACCCAAAGGACGGGGAAGAGGAAGACCACGUGGGCGGCCUAGAGGAAGCAAAAGAAUUAACAACUGGGACAGGGGACCAUCACUCAUAAAAUUUAAAACUGGAACUGCAAUACUUAAGGAUUAUUACCUGAAGCACAAGUUUCUUAAUGAGCAAGACCUUGAUGAACUUGUUAACAAAUCACAUAUGGGCUAUGAGCAGGUCAGAGAGUGGUUUGCAGAAAGACAGAGAAGAUCAGAAUUAGGUAUAGAAUUAUUUGAGGAAAAUGAGGAGGAAGAUGAAGUUAUUGAUGACCAGGAAGAGGAUGAAGAAGAAACAGAUGAUAGUGACACUUGGGAACCUCCACGACAUGUGAAACGGAAGCUUUCUAAAUCAGAUGACUGAAAUCUGCCUAAAACGUUGAAGGAGAAUCAAUUCUUCAACUCAAGAUGUCUGAUUUACUGUGAAUUGGCCCAAUCUUUGAUGACAUUGAAAACGUUUUGGGGCAUACACACUCAAAAAACAGGAUCCAAUACCCAAAAGAAAUGGAACUUAAUGUUGUGCCAAAGUUAAACUACUGCAGUUGGUGGAAGUUCUGCAAUGUAAAUAGAACACUAAUUAAAAAACAACUUGUAAAAAUUCAAUUUAAAUUUUAAUACAGUACAUUUUUAUUCUAAUAUGAUGGAGACAUUCUGAAUCUUAGACUUUCUGAGGGGGUUUAAUGACCACUAGAGCUUGUCCUCAUAUUCAGUCCAGCUUAAUACUGUGUGUCUAGUAAGAUGGGCUAUAUUGCCUCUAUUCUUUGAGAUGUGAUUAAGCUUAGAACUUUGACCAAAAAUUUUACAGUAAAAAUUGUUAGGAAUGGGUAAAAAAACCAAACCCUGAUUUAUUACUAUGUCUUAUUUAUCAGACCCUGCACUAAGAUUAAAAGUUGUGCAUGGGCUUAUACAAUUUCAAAUGUAAAAACAGCCUAUUUAUAUAUGUUGAAACAAUAAGAUUUUAUGGCUUCACUGGCCCUUAAUAAUUGGAUCCUUCAUUAGACACAUUCAUGGAUACCACUGUUUCUACUGUUACUUGUUCCAAUAGAAACUGAUUUGCUUUUCUUAAACUGAAGGUAAUUAAUUCUGAAGAAGGAGAAGAAACUGGCAUGAUAAUUUGGAUAGGGAGAAACUUUGAAAUAAAUACUGCACCAAAAAAUGUGAAAAAUAAUCAUGUACUAAAUAUAUACUUAGUGUUUUCUUACAAUCGUGGAAAUCAGAAAUGUUUAUACAGGUGUCAGAUCAGAAUUUUUAAGAGUUAUCUUUCAGUGAAAUUCUACUUUUAUAACAAUUUCAGUGAAUAGAGAAAAAAUUCUGAACUGAUCAUAAUGAGUUAAAAGUUAGCUUUUCACUUAUGAAUCAUGGGAGUGUUAACUGUUAACUCGGCGUAUCAGGAGACUGAAAGUUCAUACUAACUUACAAACUUUGUAAAGACUGGUGCUGUUCAUUCAUGUUGGGAAGAACCCUUUCUUUUGUGACCAUAGGACCAUUUUUCAAAACGCGCUUUCUUCGUAGAAGAAAUGUUCAGUUUAAAUUAGCUUUGGAUUUUAACAUGUUUUUCUGAAUGACCAGAUGUAGGCUUGGCCAGUUUAUUUUCUCUAAUUUAAUGAAUAAUAAAUAUUAAGCUCUUGGUUAAAUGUUUUUCAGCCAUUGAAAAUGUUAUGAAAAAGCCUUGAAUAUGCAUGCUGCUUUCAUUUUUAUAAACUUUUUAUUUUUUAACUAUAGCUUUAUUAGUAAUUCCAAAAUGCUGCAAUGUAGCUGAUUUCCUCACUCAGACAGCUGGCUUUGUGGGUGGCUUUUUUCAUACUAUUGUUAACUUUUUUAAAAAAGAAGCAAUGUAAAGACUGUAAUGCACUAAGCUUUUUUUUUUCUUUUACACGUUUAAAAACUUCUUAAAGCACUCUGUAAUAUAAUGAUUAAAUUGCUCCCUUUUAUAAACCAUUGCUAAUGUGGUCUGAGUUUUGUUUGACAAUAAUUUUAAUGUUCUCAAAAUUUGAAAUGUCAAGUAUUAGAAAUGAAGCCUUUGAAUAUAUUUGUUUCCCUUGCAAUAUGUUAACUCUGUGUAGCUGUAAAUAACUAUUAAUAAAUUUCCCUCAUCUCUUUUAUAGGCCUGAUAAAAUUCUUCUCUGACGUUUGCUAGCUUUUAAAUACAUUUAUUUGACAGAGCAAAAGAACCCUCUUCUGGUUGAUUGUGACCUUGAAUACAAAAUAAAAGUUAGUAGUGAUUAGUAGUU